UUUUUUUUUGGCAGAACUCAGUAAGACAAUCAGGAAAUUUUCCUAAACUUUUUGCCUCGGUCGUUGGUAGCUCCUUGUUUCAUCCUCAAAUUUGCGUGCCAAUGGGGAGUUCGCUACCGUGCGGCGGCUCUGCCACUGCUCCGCCUCCUCCUCCUCGGGUACCCGUGCGACAUCUGGUGAGACUGCCGCACUUCUUUCCCCCGGCUACCAAGGCUCAUACCGCAGCCAUUACGAGUAUCGGCAGACGGAGCUCUUUCCUCUUCCCUUACCUCCUUUUCUUCAGCUUUUCUUCUUCCUCGCCGGCAGCCACUUCUCUUCUGGCUCUGGAGUACUUCACGGACCAGGAUAAGGGGUACUCCGUCCUGAGGCCGUCGUCCUGGAUGCAGGUGGAGAAGGCGGGGGCGACGGCUCUAUUUGAGGAGGGGAAAGGGAGAAACAACAUCGGGGUGGUGGUGAGCCCGGUCAGGCUUUCAUCUCUGAAGGAAUUUGGGACGCCGGAAUUCGUGGCCGACAAGCUCAUUCAGGCUGAGAGAAAAAAGUAGAUUACCUGCAAGGUCGUAGUUAAAUUUUCAUGCAAACAAAUGAAUCUACUUAACAUUGUCGUAUUUGCCCAAGAGAAAGAGGUGUUUCCCUCCACCAAAGGGCCAUUGGGGCAGAGACAGAGGGGGUUUAUAUCCUCUGUCUGUAGAGACGCAACCACAGGCCCAUUGCUUCAGGAUUCAAAUACAGUGCUUGGUUGAACACGAUAUUGAAGCUAACAAAGACAUCUAUAAGAUCUUGUGAAAGUUAAGAUCAUCAGCGGCAACAAACAACUAACUUUGUAAAUCUUUGGAGGAUUUGUUAUUGGAGGCUUGUGGAUCUAUGCAGCAUCAAGAGAAAAAUUAGAGCUCUGAUAUUAUGAUAGAAAUAAGGUUGAAAAAAAAUGGGUUGUAUUUUCUUUUUAUAGCGCAAACAAGUAUUUUUUAAAUUGCAAGAUUGAAUUGUCUAAUUGCAUGACUUUUUAUAUUAUAUUUUAGGGAUGGCUCAAUAAUUUAAAUAACAUUGGACAACAAUAAUUCAGGAGUAGAACAAGUCAGUCCAUAUAUAUAGCAGGGUUAGAACAAAGGCUAUUACUGAACAAAUAAUUCUCCAAUUCUUGAAUGGAAACUUGUUCACUUGUGCUAUCACAAACAAAAAUAUUGAGUCUGUCAUCGACAUUAGGACAAAAAUGCAACAAUCUUUUAACGAUGCUUGGUACUCUUUUGAUUACUUGUUAUCCCUUUGUUAAUUUAUUUAGGAUUUUGUUCUUUAUGUGUUAUCUUUCAAGGUUUCAUAGUUGCUGAUGGAACAAUGUUAUCCCUGUAUUUCAUAU